GGACGACAAAGAUAUCAAUACUCCCUCCUGGUCGCCUGAGGCAUUCUAGAAUUCACGCAGAGAGAACCGGCAAUUGUCAAUGUUUCAACAGACGAGCUGUUUCCGGAUACCUGCGUCAGCGUCCCUGUAUCUUUCAAUGAACGCACGGCUCAAAACUGAUCCUCGCAGCGGAACAAGGGAACACCAUCGCGAGUCAAAGACAGAUGUGCUUCCGAAGCCCUCAGUGGGUGUCUACAAGACCUCUCGUCUAGGGCGUCACCUCGUACCAAUGGCUACGACCUCCCCAAGUGACAAUUGUCCGAACUGUGCGGCGGCCGUCCCAACCUUUCGGAAGCUCACGCCCCUGUCCAGCAAUCGGGUCAUACUACCUACUUCCCCUAGAGGUUCCGCGGCGGCCCUAAACGCCCAAAUUCCUCCGGGUGUACUAAGAAUACGGGAGUUAGGGGAUACUGCAUCGAGGCGACGGCGUGCAGACCCACGAAGUCAGGAUCAUCAUCCGACUAGCGGUGUGUGCCGCACAUGCGGUUGACAGAAUGCAUGUCGAAGCUGGAGCAGCCUAACUAC